GGAAGAGAUGGCCCAGCGAAGAGCACAAUUCGUUGGUUGAGAUACGAAGAGACAUGUCUGCCGCUCCGAUUUCAUAAGGCAAAGCUAAUUCUUUGGUCGGAUUUCGGCGAUGGAGUGAGUGUUCGCCGAACCAUUCCCGACACCACAUGCAGAUCCUCUCGGCUUGUGAAGGCAUCACCACACUUGCCGUGGCUUACAUCGUCGUCUCUCUGAAACUCCAUUACACAGCCAGGUAUUUCCCAAGGGCCUGUUACCUGCAGGCCUGCAUAGGGCCGGAUAUUACUUUGCAGCGUAUUAUUAACAAUUUAGAAAUUGUCUACCGGGUUGCCUAUUCACAUGGGAAGAGCGUAUCUCCUUCGGCUAGCGCUAGUGUUGAAGCCGGCCUAUCAGUGUCACCUGCAUGGCGUGAUCUAGGCUCUGCGAUAAAUAGCCUAGUGCCAGGACGAUCUUGUACGCCACGCACUAGGGGAAGUUUUCUAGUGCCCAUAUUAACUGUCAGCGAGUCAAGUCGUACGUCGGCACCAUUACUACCGUGCCAGACUAACGCAUUUACUCCAAGAAGCUCCAGCACCUGCAGGCGCUGCACGUUCUUUAAUGGUCCCUGCAGCGCUAGAAGGCUUUCGCCAAUAGACCAUGCAACAUGGGCGACGAGCUGACUCGCUAGUCGCAACGGGACUAACUACGGCAAACUGAGCUCACGGCUCGUCUUGAGCUGCGGCGGUAUUCCCGGCAAAACACACCGGACGCGGCAAUUGUAGCGAUCAAAGCUCCCUGUAUUUGCCAGAGAGUGCGAAAAAGGGGGCGCGCUGAUCCCUGAGGAAUUGGCUUUGAGCAGUGUGCGCUGAGGGAUGUGUCUCAUCCUGCGCUGCCCUUUGUACCUGCGACACGCUGUAGAGGUCGUAGCGCGCCGCCCAGUCGCCGCGCUCAUGAACAUCAAAAUCCAGCGUUUUAAUUAAUUUGAUAUUCUUCUUUAUUAUUCUGCCUCUUUUUUUAUUUGCGUAUUUCUUGGCAAUAGAAAAUAUCACCAGUACAGACUUCACAACUAUGGUUGAUGAAGAGUCAUCCGUUGAGCAGCCCUCGCGGCGCAUUCUCAUGCUCACCAACGUGGAACGUGGAGAGGCCAACGUCUUUCUUGCGACCUGCAGUGCUCUAAUUGCUCAAGAUCCUCUUGUACAGAUUCACUUUGCCUGUUUUUCUGGCCUUGAGUCUACUGUCAAGGCCGUUUGGAACGAUUCCAAAGAGGCUGUGCCAGAAGCUCGUUUCCCCAUCGUUUACCACGUUAUCGACGGCCCAAACUCUGAGGAGUCUAUUCGCGAGGUCUAUGACAUGGAAGGGAUAGAGAUGCAGGGCAGUAUGCUAGCAUCUACAAGCAAGAAACUGAGCUUUAGCGUCACGAAACAGCUUAACAGGGAACUGCUUGGAGUCUUCAUGCCGUACACAACGCCCCGUCUCAUCCAGAUCUUUGACUCUAUUGUACAAAUCAUCAACUCUGUUAAUGCCGGUGUGGUUCUCAUUGAUAGUCUCUUCUCGGCGGCUCUUACUGCCUGUUGCUACUUGGACGUGCCUUUCAUAUGCCUGUCCCCCAACGCUAUCAAAGACUUUGCUGCUCCAUUGCAGCCUCGCCAGGCAAACCUUUGGAAGUUCCCCGCCAUGUGUUCUGGAUACAGAUACCCCGUGCCAUGGUAUCAGAUCCCGCUCAACAUCUUCUGGAACAUCCUGUUUGUCCACCGGUGGCUCAACUACACUCGCGGCUUCGACACAGCCCGAGACUUUAAAAAGCAAACCGGUGCUGAAAUGAAGACGCCGCUGGAUUACGUCCGCAAUCAGCCCAAGAAUCUGAAAAUGCUUGUUAGCACCUGGCCAGAAAUAGACUUUCCACUGGUCAAACCGGAUUACAUUGUUCCAUGCGGUCCAAUUAUUCGUAAAGCCGCACCAGUUCAGUCAGUUGACUCUGAAUUGGCAGACUGGCUUGCCCUGAGGCCAACUCUCUAUGUCAACCUGGGAUCGCUUUUCCAGUUUACGCAGGAGUGGGCUGUUGAAAUGGCCAAAGCGCUCGUUCGGGUUCUUGAGAAUGGAAUAACUGAUGCUAAGGGUCGUCCACUGCAAAUCCUGUGGAAGAUCAAAAAGUUGGGGGAAUUUGAGAUGACAGGCAAGGACUGUCCUAUUGGCCGCCUUGUUCAUGACUUUCAAGCCGAUGACCGCUUACGUAUAGUGAAAUGGCUCAAACCUGAGCCCAGCGCAGUACUAAGGAGCGGUAAUGUCAUUGGCGCUGUGCAUCACGGAGGUGCCAACUCCUUCAAUGAAGUGCUUGUGGCUGGCGUACCUCAGGUAAUCUUGCCCGUUUGGACAGAUUGCUAUGAUUACGCUGAGCGUGCUGAGCUUCAUGGCAUCGGCAUCCACGGUAGUAGACAUAACAAGCCGCGAUGGGACGUCACCGAACUGUCCGUUGCUAUUCUUGAGGUUUUACAAGGACCGAAGUCUGCUUCCAUGAAGCAAAAAGCCACAGCACUAGCGGAAAUGUGUCGUAAGAAGGGCGAUGGUGCCGAUAACGUGGCAAGAGAAGUCAUUGCACAUUGCGAAGCGCUGGCAAAGAAUUCUGAUAAGACGAAUUCAUGAGUGAAGUUUUCCCGUACGGUAUAGCCUUUGUAAUUUAAACGCGCUAGUAAAUUUCUUGUAUUAAAUAUAAAUAGUUUGAUAUCCUGAACAAUCGCCAACUCUGUACACACGUUGUUCUUAGAAAGAGUCGUUUACAACAUAGUGUGUGUUAUCCUUGAAGAUGAGCUCUGGCUUUCUCUCUGCGAGAUCAAGCACCAUUUCAGCAAAGUACGAGUUGGCCCACGCAAACCAAGGGCGGGUAUAGUCGUUAGCGUCGUAGAUGUUGAUGCUUUCAUGGAUGAGACCAAGACCAGAUGUGUUUUCCAUGAUGAGAGCAAGGCGCUCACGAAUCUCAUCGUCAUCAUCAGUACCGUAGAUGCCGCUGAUCUGCGACAUGGGCCACGGGUAUGUUGCGUUGACGUGAGGACCGC